CAGUCUCCUCUCGGCCGUCGUGGGCGGCGCUGUUCGCUCUCGAGUCGGGCAUGAGCAGUGGUGGUCGCGCAGCGGGCCGGUGAUUCGACGAGAGGUCGCUGCGCUGGUCUUCACCCCGAGAGCUCGCGGCAUGGCAGCGGCGCCGAGCGCCCGGCGCAAGUGCCCCGCGCGCCAGCGGCUGCUGGAGCGCUGGCCCACGGUCCUGAUGCUGCUGCUGCUGGGCAGCCUGAUGCUCAGCUGGCACGAGGCCGAGGCGAACAGCGUGCACCGGCGCUUCUACCGGCGUGCCGUGCGCCUCUGCUCCAAGAACCUCAGCGACGCGCUCUACCUGAUCUGCAAGGAGCGCGGCUUCAACGAGCCCUUCGGCAACAGCGGCGAGGUCGAGCGCCACGCCAGCGGGCCCGGCCUCGUCGAGGAGUGCUGCUACAACGCCUGCAGCCUCGAGCAGAUGGAGCAGUACUGCAAGCCCGCCUCCAAGUCCGGCUGAGCCGCGCGCGCCGGCCGCGCGGGCGGGGGGCCAGGUCGGGGCGCCGUGUCGCCCCCGAGGCGGCGAGGAGGCGAGCGCGUAGCUUGCCGGCCAUGGCGCAGGACGCAAGAGUGAGAAAGCCGAGCGGUGAUUUAGUCUUGUAUAGUCGAAACGACACGAAUAAGUCUUGUUGCACUGCUGCCGCUGCCGUCGCCGCUGCUCGUCGGCGAUACGCGAGGAAAGACCGCGACGACGAGAGAGUGAUAACUUUCGAAAGGUUCGCUGCAAAAUACGUGUAGAUAUGAUUGUACGUUCCCGAGCUCUCUCUCUCUCUCUCUCUCUCUCUCUCUCUCUCUCUCUCUCUCUCUCUCUUUCUCUCUCGCUCGCUCUCCCGAGUAUAUACAUGUAAAAUGGACUCGAUACAACGGCAUUGUGUCUCUGCGUACGAGUGUCCGAGUGUACUUUCAGCGCCAAUGUGAUACAUGUAACAUUCCGCUUGCGAUUUCGUUCCCUCUCCGUCGGAUCGGCGCGUGGAGCUCGCGGCGACUAGUGUGGCGAGCCGAUCUCAUCCGUUCUUGCCCCGCUCCCACGCCCUUUUUUUCUCUCUUUGUCGACCGACGAUGAUCUCACUAGUAUUAACUCUCGAUUAAGGCAAACGUGAUAUAUCUUGUGUAUAUUUUACAAUAAUCGAUUAAUAAUGUAACGACAGAGCUGAUGCAUGUGUGUGUAUGUGUGCGUGUGCAUGCGAGAGAGCAAAAAAUGGCAUGUAAAGUAUAGAUAGUACUAUGUAUAGUUCUCGACAAACAAUGUAUAUAGUGUGCGCGUUUCUUGUAUAUACACAGCGUGUGUGCGUAACAAACCGGCAUCGAUUUCUUACGAUUCUCUUAAGAUUUUUUGCUGCGCUGCGUCGGCAAGCCAGCGCAACGCCAAGAAGGUAAUAAAGUAUAUAAAUGCGAGAGGCAUGAAAAUUACACAGUGUUUGAGUUGUUGUUUGGUUGUUGUUUCGAAAGCUCUUCCCUCCCCUCCCUACGUGGCAGCAAGGACCUUGAAGCUCGCGACUCGAUCUCUUCUCUCUGGCUCUUACGUGGCAACUACGCCAACGAAGGAAAGAGAGAGAGAGAGAGAGAGAGAGAGAGAGAGAGAGAGAGAAAGGAAAGUAAUAA